AUGGACUUCCCUCGGAAACGCGCAGCGAUUGCAUGUACCUUCUGCAGGCAUCGGUCAGUAAUAAUUCAUAAGCCCGUCUUACGACCGACAAUCGCUGACAAUAUGUGGAGGUCUGGAAGUGAUACAUCGGCAGAACUCUUGCUUCGUUUGGAUCGGCUGGAGAAUCUUGUCGAGAAGCAGACUGCAGUGAUCACCACGCUAUCCGAUCGCGUUUUAUCGGAUUAUUCCAAUCGAGAUAUGGUGAGCUAUUCACAUACCAGUCCUUCUGUGGUAUUUUCACAGACACGGAGACAAAGUCUUCAUUCAAUACCCGGCCCUCUUCCAGUCGACGGCCCUGUGUUGAUGACUCCCGGUAUCGGGCAAGCAUACAUGGAAAAUGACCCAAUUCUCAUCCCAUUAGGCCACCAGACGCCAACUGGAAAUCUCCUAGGUCUUGAUCCAAUAAGAAAACUCAUUGGUCACUAUUCGCAAGACUUCUUUUUGUUGCUCGAGUCUGAGCGCAAGAUACCUUUUCUCACGCCGCGAACUGCCAUGUCUACGAUCAUUGAGCGGCUGAACCUAGAUAUACCCGCGACGAACUUGCUUAUUUCAAAUUUCUUUACGCACGUCCACUCUCAGUUCCCUAUUUUGGAAAAGGAGCCGUUUUUACAGUUGCUUGAGAAAUUCUUAGCUAAUGACCAGAUCAAUGAGAUUGAUGCUGCCUUAUGUCUCACAGUGCUAGCACUCGGGGAGACGUUCUCAAGACAUAACGAUUUGUUUGAUAUGGACUCGUCUAUGACCGGAAUUGGCGCAGAAUAUUUUGCUCAUGCAUAUCAAAUUCUGAUGGCUGGGCAAACUACACUCUUUUCAAGGGAUCAGACCGUCCCGCUGACAUUCUUCUAUGCUCUGAAUGAGAAGAGUGUCCUCUCGACCAAGCAUGCAUUAUUGAACCGAAUUGCUUGGGGCUGUUAUGUUCUUGAAUGCGAUGAUCUCGCCGAGUUUCACUUUCCUCGCAGCGGAAUCGAAGUCCUUGUCGAUAGACUAUCCUUCCCCGAAUUCACAGAUCCCAACGAGCGUAAUAAUCUCAUCUUUCUCGCCAUGUGCUCCAUACGCAAACUUUUGAAUCGCAUCCAUAAUACAAUGUACUCUGCCGAGACGCUCAAUCCAGACAAAUCAUCCUACCGAGGAAACUUCACCAAUGGGUCUCGACUCAGCUACGAGCCUUCAAUCGCAUCGCUAGAGGGAGUCAAUAUCGAACUUAGCCGGCAACUUCAAGCGUGGUUCGAUUCUCUGCCCGAAUCUAUCAAGCCAGAUCUCCAAAAUCCGACCUCGCAAGACCUGCAAGAUAUCCAGCUACGUACAAGAUAUUAUGCUGCAAAACACAUAAUUUCUCGUCCAUGUCUUGUGUUCGCAGCAGUUUCUCGCCAAGUCCAUUUAUCGGAAUAUGUCAAAGCAAAUUGCGAGACUUGUGUAGACAGCUGUCGGAAGCUGCUACAUGCAACAGUUCCACUCCUUGGGCGGAGGACGCAUUCGACUUGGCUGAGGCUACAAGCUCUCUUGGCUGCUGUCUUCGUCAUUUCAAUGGCUAAAACGACACCAUCACUCGCCUCGCUCGUGCCGGAUUUUGACGAUUUAAUUGGGAUGGUGAUGGAAAUGACAGAGCCCUGGGCUCGCCAUCAUGAAGCUGCAGACGCUAUAUUGAGUAUUUUCAAGACCAUUCGGCAGAAGCUGCGCCUCUCUGUGGCAACUUUAUUAUAA